AUGGACGAUACUGUCCGGGAGCUCAUGGAGCUCUUUCUACAGAGCCCGCUGGUGGCUUGGGUGAAAACUUUGAGCCCAGUCACAAGCGGCAAGGAAGACAACCUGUACAUGCACUUGGUGGAUGGCAUCGUGCUGAACCAAGUCAUGCUCGAAAUAGACCCCAGGCCUAAUCAGCGCUUCCACCAGCACGUGAACAGCCAUGUGAACCUCCGCAUUGAGAACUUGACCAUCCUGGUCAGACACAUUAAGACCUUCUACCAGGAAGUUCUGCAGCAGCUGAUCGUAACGAGCUUGCCGGAUGUUUUGAUUAUUGGCAAAGACCCGCUGUCUGCAAAGGGUAUGGAGGAAAUGAAGAAGAUGCUGGUGCUGGUGCUGGGCUGUGCUGUCCAGUGCGACAGGAAAGGGGAGUUUUUUGACAAAAUCCAACAGCUGGACAUUGAAACCCAGGCCGGGAUUAUGGCCCAUAUCCGGGAGGUGACCCACCACCAGGAGAGCCUGUUUGACCUGCAGUGGUUGGAGGUCCCAGGCAUGACCCUGGAGGAGCUGCAGUCCCUCUCGAGGAACAUGGCGUUUCAGCUCAGGAGGCUGGUGGAUGAGCGAGACAGUUGCAGGGAGCUGAUGGUGACCCUGACCCUGGAGCGGGACACCAGCAGCCGCCCCAGCGAGGACACGCAGCACCUGGCCGUGGAGCUGGCAGACACCAAGGCCAGGCUGCGCAGCAUCAGGCAGAAGCUGGAGGAGAAGACGGAGCAGCUGGCAGACACCCGGCAUGAGGUGGACCAUCUGCUGCUGGAGCUGCAGGAGUCCGAUCGCUAUAACAUGGAGCUGGCAGCCAGUGCCCAGUCUGCUCGUGAUGCCCUCUCUGAGCUGGACUCCCUGAGGGAGAAGGCGAGCCGCGUGGAGAGGCUGGAGAUGGAGGCGAAGGGCCUCAGACAAAGUCAGAAAGACGCAGACUUCUAUGCAGCCCGCAUGAAGGAGCUGAUUGAAGACAAUUAUACUUUAAUGGACACCAAGGGCCUUCUCCAGGAGCAGCUGACUGUCGCUCGGUCCCGGGUCGAUAAGCUGUACGAGCUUGAGGAGGAGAAUGUGCAGCUGAAAUCAAAGCUGCGCCACCUACAGUUGGCCCAGUGCACAGACCAGAAACGCCUUGAGGAGCUGCGGGAAGAGAACUUGGCCCUCAAGGCUGCACAGGGGCAGAGUGUGAAGGAGUCCGCCCACCUGCGCUGGGAGCUGGAGCAGCUGUCAGAGGCUGCUGGGUAUUCCUUCUCUUCAAGGCGCCCCUGGCUCUAGGCUCUGACUCCACUUUGCUCUUCAGCCUCCAGCUGCUUCCUGAAGCUGGACAAAGAGAAGCAGAGCCUCCAGGGCACCAUCCAGGGGCUGCGGGAUGCCUCCCUGGCCCUGCAGGAGAGCAGCAUUCAGCGCCAGGAGCUGGAGAAGGAGAACCAGCAGCUCAGCAAGCAGAUUGAAGACUUGCGGGUCCAGAUGGAAAGAGAAAAGCAGACCAGUCAGGAUCUGGAGACCCUCAGUGAGGAGCUGGUGGAGGAGAGAGAACAGCUGCUCUGUGACAUAGAGACCCUGAAGGCUGAGAAAGCCCAGGAGAUCAAGGAUCUUGAACAAGUGGUGCAUUCGCUGCAGGCGAGUUCACAGGCCAGCAGCGAGGCCCGUGUGCAGGACAUGGAGAAUGAAAACAAAGUCCUCCAGCAGACGGUGCUGGAGACAAGCAGCCAAGUCAGCAAGCUGGAGUGGGAGCGGCUGCAGCUGGGCCUGGAGCUGGAUCAGGUGAAGGAGCAGGCGGCGCGGGCACAGGAGCUGGAGCAGGAGCUGCACCGGCUUCAGGAGGAGAAGGAGAAGCUGGCCACGGAGGUCAGCGCCCUGACGAAGGCCCCCGAGAGGGUCAGCGCCCUGGAGCGGGAGAGCCAGGGCCUGUUGCUGGAGAACCAGAGGCUGCAGACGUCUCCGGACCCCCUGCAGCCUGAGGGUCUGGAUCGGGAUGAGCAGCUGGACACCAGGGUGGAACAUUCCACUCUGAGCUCCCAGAGCACCUCGCUCACUGCGAUCAGGGAGCAGAACCUGCAGCUCCAGCACCAGCAGGCGGCCACAGAGAGGGAGCUUGAGGCCCUGCAGGAGCAGCACCAGCAGCUGGCGGCAGCCCACGAGGCUCUGAAGCGGGACCAUGCCUGCCUGGGGGCGCUCCACGAGCACCUGUCUGGGGAGCACGAGGCCCUCAGGGACAAGUACAGCCGUAAGAAGACGCUGCUGCAUCGGACCCUGAAACUGCAGAGCAAGGCGCUAAGUGACAGGGCCAAUUUCCUGCAGCAGCAGCUGAAGGGAGAGCAGGAGGAUCUGCAGACCCACACCAAGGAGCUGCAAACCUCCCUUAACAAUAAACAGCUGGAGGUGAACCAGUGGCAGGCCCAGUGCGAAGGACUGAAACGGGAGCAGGAGGAGCUGCACGCCCACACCAAGCAGCUGCAAAGCUCCCUGGAGAACACACAGCUGGAUGUGAACCACUGGCAGGCUCUGUACGAGGGGCUAAAAGAGGAGCAGGAAGAGCUGAAUGCCCACACCAAGCAGCUGCAAACCUCCCUGGAGAACACACAGCUGGAUGUGAACCACUGGCAGGCUCUGUACGAGGGGCUAAAAGAGGAGAAGGAAGAGCUGCACGCCCACACCAAGCAGCUGCAAACCUCCCUGGAGAACACACAGCUGGAGGUGAACCAGUGGCAGGCCCAGUGUGAAGGACUGAAGGGGGAGCAAGAGGAGCUGCACGCCCACACCAAGCAGCUGCAAAGCUCCCUGGAGAACACACAGCUGGAGGUGAACCACUGGCAGGCACUGUAUGAGGGGCUAAAAGAGGAGAAGGAAGAGCUGAGUGCCCACACCAAGCAGCUGCAAAGCUCCCUGGAGAACACACAGCUGGAGGUGAACCACUGGCAGGCUCUGUACGAGGGGCUAAAAGAGGAGAAGGAAGAGCUGCACGCCCACACCAAGCAGCUGCAAACCUCCCUGGAGAACAAACAGCUGGAGGUGAACCACUGGCAGGCCCAAAUUGAAGGACUGAAGGAGGAGCUCCAGAGCAUGAACAUCUCGCUGACAGAGCUGGGCAACCACUGCCAGCGGCUUUCCAGUCUCAGGAGGAACGUGGAGAGAGAAAACCGUCACCUGCAGUGCCAAGUCCACAGGUUGAAUGAGCAGAACCAGAGGUUUCUCCAGGAGGACACGGAGAACAAGGACCAGCAUCACCAGGAGCAGCAGCAGUACGUGGGAGGGGUAGACAAAUUACAUGCCUCACAGAAAACUAAGGAAAACCUGGAAGAAAAAAGCAUGGCUCAAUACAAGUUCCAUGAUCCAGCACCAAAGAAGAAGAAGCGCUGGAUUAGAACCAAAAACAUUGUCAAAUUAAUCAAAGGCAAGAAAGGGGGUUCCAGAGAACAACCAAAAUCAACCCCAGAGAGGGUUCCAGAGAACAACCAAAGUCAACCUCCCUCGCUGCUGGGGUCCUCAGACCAGGCCUCGCCCAGCCUACAAUAG